GUGGGGGGGGGGGGGGUAGUUUCUCCAGCCAAUCGGCGGCUCCGUCUCUGGCGCCAUAUCGCGCGACUCAGGCGAGGCGAAGGCUUCUCGCAGCGACACCACAGCAACGAACCAUGGCGGCGCCGUCGGAAGAGGAGCUGCCACCUGCGGUGGACGUGGACCCGCGCGGAGACUUUACGGGCUGGCUGGGCGCGCAGGGCGUCAAGCCUGGUCUGGCGCGCACCCUCGCCACGGACCUGGGCAUCGCCGACUACGACUGCCUGCUGGCGUGCACCGAGGACGCGGAAGUGCGCUCCGAGCUACUCGCCGUCGCCAAGGAGCGGCUGCCCUUCGCGCACUACGCCAUCUUCCGCCGCGUCGUCAACGGAGUGCCACCACGGCGCCAACCGCACCCGGCCGCGAGGGGCGCUAGCGCGACGAGCGAGGCGGAUAUCCGACGCACGCUGGGCACGGUGCAGCAGCUGACGGAGCUGGUUCUGUCCGUGCAGAGGCUCACCUCCCCCGAGGCCUUCCUCAACUCGCUGAGCGCCAGCACGCACGGCCGCGCCAGCAGCAAGCGCAAGGCCGGCUCCAGCACAGGCACGGCGACCGUGAUGAUGCGGCGGCGGUGCGCGCAACAGUUGGCAGCUCGCGCCUCCCGUUAUCCUGUGUCAGGCGGCGCGAGCGAGCGCUACGAGGACGAGGAGCUGCCCUCGGUCGUCAUCAACCACCAGGGCAUCGCCGUGUACGAGCGCGGCGGCGGCGACGCCGGCACCGGCGCCGGCGGCGGCCACGGAGCCGGAGCCGGAGCCGGCGCCGGCGGCCAGGUCAACCACGAGGACGGCGAGGACGACGAGAACGAGGAGGAGGAGGACGAGGAGGAGGAGGAAGACGAGGAGGAGGAGGAGGAAGACGACGACAUUGCCAACCGCGCCGCCUACGACGCGUACCCGCAGCAGCCGCCGCUCGCCCCCCUGGAGAACACCAACGGGCAGGAGCAGUUGGCGCACAAGCGGCGCAAGCACUGAGCUCUGUCGUCGCGUGCCGACGCUGUCACCCGCCGCCGCCGGUCUCGUCGGUCCCGUACGGUCGCGCUAUCUCAGGGUUCCACCUUAAACUCCCCACCCGCCCCCCACUCGCACCCACCCACCCACCCCCACCUGGCCUCUGCCACGUGUUUGUUGGCCGGGUCGUGCCGCGUGUUGUUGUCCAGCAGGAUGUCCGGAACCGAAGUUCCCGAAGAAAGAUCUCCCUCUCCCCCCCCGCCUCUCCCCCCUCCCCUGGCCACGGGAAAGGCGGAAUGUGGGAGGGGCACCGUGCCCAACGACCAAUGCGCGGCACCAUCCGGAAGAACGCUUCGGAGCGAGAGAGGUCACGUGACGGCACGCACGCUAAUCCCCCCGUGGCGGCAGCCGUGUUGAAUUUCCGUCGGCGUGCAGACGUCUGGGCCACGGCGUGCCACGGGUGGAGGUGGACGCGCUUUUCAUCUCCGCUCCUUGACACCCCACCCCACCCCACCGAGCCCACGUUUGCCAUUUUUUUGUAUCUCUUUCACUUCACCCACCCAUCCCCGUGCGUGCGUGUGUGUGUGCGCGCACCAUUCACCGGAUUGAUUUUACCACUGCGGG